UACCUGUUCCUUGAUCAAUACUGAUGAUGAUGAUGAUGAUGAUGAUGAUGAUGAUAUGGGGUAUGGUGAUAGUGUUAGUAGUGUGGGUUUGGAGAACGUUGGAUUGGGUUUGGUGGACGCCGAAAAGGCUCGAGAGCGAGCUCCGACGGCAGGGCCUGCGCGGUAACCGCUACCGGAUCUUGCAUGGCGAUCUCAAGGACAACGUCCGGCUCUUGACCGAGGCUAAAAACCGGCCUAUGGUCCUUCACUCACAUGACAUCGCCCCUCGUGUCCUCCCUCUCUACUACAACGCCAUCAACGAUUAUGGUAAAAUGUCCUUAACUUGGGCUGGACCUGAUCCAAGAGUGAGCUUGAUGGAUCCAAGAUUGGUCAAAGAAGUUUUGUCAAACAAAUUUGGGCAUUUUAUGAAAAUAAAAGGAAAUCCUCUUUCAAAAUUACUAAUUCAAGGACUUGCUCGGCAUGAAGGCCAAAAAUGGGCCAUACACAGAAGAAUUAUCAAUCCUGCUUUCAAUCUUGACAAGCUGAAGCUGAUGGUGCCAGCAUUCUCUACAUCUUGUGGUGAAAUAAUUAGAAAAUGGGACAAGAUGAUUCCUGAUGGAGGCUGUUUGGAAUUAGAUGUGUUUCCAGAGCUUCAAAAUGUCACACAAGAUGCCAUCUCCAGAACUGCAUUUGGUAGCAACUAUGAAGAAGGAAGAAGAAUAUUCCAAUUCCUAAAAGAACAAACCCAGCUUUGUAUUCAGGCUUUCCAGAGUGUUUAUAUCCCGGGUUAUCAGUUUCUGCCCACACCAAUGAAUAAGAGAAGAAGACAAGUUGACAAAGAAAUGAAAAGAAUACUCAGAGACAUGAUUGAGAAGAGAGAGACGGCCAUAAGAAUGGGGGAAAGUAGCAAGAAUGAUCUUCUGGGUAUAUUAUUAGAGUCCAAUAUGAAAGAGGGUGAAGAAGAGCAUGGAAAGUCCAAAAACAGAGUGAUGACUACUGAGGAAGUAAUUCAAGAGUGCAAACUGUUCUACUUUGCAGGGCAAGAGACCACUUCAGUUCUGCUCACAUGGACAAUGAUUUUGUUGAGCAUGUAUCCAAACUGGCAGGAUAAGGCAAGGGAAGAGGUUCUUCAAGUGUUUGGGAAGAACACACCUGACAUGGAUGGAUUGAGCCACCUGAAGACUGUGACCAUGAUUCUAUAUGAAGUUCUCAGAUUAUACCCGCCAGCAGUUUUCCUGAACAGAAGAACAUAUAAAACAAUUGAAGUUGGUGGGAUUACUUAUCCUCCAGGUGUGAUACUCUUAUUGCCUAUACUCUUAAUUCACCAUGACACUGAAUUCUGGGGAGAAGAUGCAAAAGAAUUCAAGCCAGAGAGGUUUGCAGAAGGGAUAUCAAAAGCUUCAAAAGUUGCAGGUGCUUUCUUUCCGUUUGGUGGUGGUCCUCGUGUAUGCAUUGGCCAGAACUUUGCAUUGAUUGAAGCUAAGAUAGCACUUAGUAUGAUACUGCAACACUUCUCGUUUGAGCUCUCACCUUCUUACAUUCAUGCACCAUGGACUGUUAUCACUCUUCAACCGCAACAUGGAGCUCAACUCAUGGUGCAUAAACUUUGAUGUAUUAUAUAUUUUAUUGUGAGACUGUUGUUAUUGGAACACUUUGUCUAUGCAUAAAGAAUGAACUCAAAUAAGUUCGAAUAUCAGUUCAUGGAA